UUGCUUAAUCGAAAUGGAAGACGACGGAGGAGAGAGGUCAAGCUUCGUGAUCGGUCUCAUCGAGAAUAGAGCUAAAGAGGUUGGAGUGGCUGCCUUUGACUUAAGAUCAGCUUCUUUGCAUCUUUCUCAAUACAUUGAAACCAGUAGCUCAUAUCAGAAUACAAAAACUUUGCUUCAUUUCUAUGAUCCCAUGGUGAUCAUUGUUCCUCCAAACAAACUGGCUCCUGAAGGUAUGGUGGGAGUAUCAGAACUGGUAGAUCGGUUUUAUGCUUCAGUCAAGAAGAUUGUCAUGGCUCGUGGUUGCUUUGAUGACACCAAGGGUGCAAUGCUGAUUAAAAAUUUAGCUGCCAGAGAGCCUUCAGCUCUUGGUUUGGAUAGUUACUACAAACAGUAUUAUCUUUGCUUGGCUUCUGCUUCUGCUACAAUCAAGUGGAUAGAAGCAGAGAAAGGUGUUAUUGUCACAAACCAUUCCCUAUCGGUUACUUUUAAUGGAUCAUUUGACCACAUGAACAUUGAUGCUACUAGUGUCCAAAACUUAGAAAUUAUUGAACCUUUUCAUUCUGCACUUUGGGGCACAAGCAACAAGAAAAGAAGUCUAUUCCACAUGCUUAAGACAACAAAAACUGUUGGAGGGACUAGACUUCUUCGUGCCAAUCUUUUGCAGCCUUUAAAAGAUAUUGAAACUAUCAAUACGCGUCUGGAUUGCCUGGAUGAGUUGAUGAGCGAUGAACAGCUAUUCUUUGGACUGUCUCAGGUCUUGCGAAAGUUCCCAAAGGAGACUGAUAGGGUACUUUGUCAUUUCUGCUUCAAGCCAAAGAAAGUAACAAAUGAAGUCUUGGUCGUGGAAAACGCUAGAAAGAGCCAAAUGUUGAUAUCAAGCAUCAUUCUUCUCAAAACUGCAUUAGAUGCCUUGCCAUUACUGUCAAAGGUGCUUAAGGAUGCAAAAAGUUUUCUUCUUGCGAAUGUUUACAAGUCUAUAUGUGAAAUCGAGAAAUAUGCUGACAUUAGAAAGAGAAUUGGAGUGGUGAUUGAUGAAGACGUGCUUCACGCACGGGUUCCUUUUGUCGCCCGCACACAGCAGUGUUUUGCUGUCAAGGCUGGAAUUGAUGGGCUGCUGGAUAUAGCUCGGAGAUCCUUUUGUGAUACCAGUGAAGCUAUACAUAACCUUGCAAACAAGUACCGGGAAGAAUACAAGAUGCCGAAUCUGAAACUCCCAUUUAACAGUAGACAAGGUUUUUACUUUAGCAUUCCACAGAAAGACAUUCAGGGACAGCUUCCCAGCAAGUUCAUUCAGGUUGUGAAACAUGGGAAUAAUGUACAUUGCUCAACUUUGGAACUUGCUUCUCUGAAUGUCAGAAAUAAAUCUGCAGCUGGAGAGUGUUAUAUACGAACAGAAGUUUGCUUGGAAGCCCUAGUUGAUGCUAUAAGGGAGGACAUCUCUGUGCUCACACUGCUUGCUGAAGUGCUGUGCCUAUUAGAUAUGAUUGUUAAUUCAUUUGCUCAUACAAUAUCAACCAAGCCUGUUGACCGAUAUAUUAGGCCAGAAUUUACUGAUGAUGGCCCUCUGGCAAUUGAUGCUGGUAGACACCCCAUCCUAGAAAGCAUACACAGUGAUUUUGUGCCCAACAACAUCUUUAUUUCAGAAGCAUCAAACAUGGUUAUUGCAAUGGGGCCAAACAUGAGCGGGAAGAGCACUUAUCUUCAACAAGUGUGUCUCAUAGUUAUUCUUGCUCAGAUUGGUUGCUAUGUUCCUGCCCGCUUUGCAACAAUUAGAGUAGUUGAUCGUAUAUUUACAAGGAUGGGCACAAUGGAUAAUCUUGAAUCAAACUCUAGUACGUUUAUGACAGAGAUGAAAGAGACUGCUUUUGUCAUGCAGAAUGUCUCCCAAAGGAGUCUAAUUGUUAUGGAUGAACUUGGGAGGGCUACUUCGUCCUCUGAUGGAUUGGCAAUAGCAUGGAGCUGCUGUGAGCAUCUGCUAUCACUCACUGCGUAUACUAUAUUUGCUACUCAUAUGGAGAACUUGUCAGAAUUAGCUACCAUCUAUCCAAAUGUGAAAAUUCUUCACUUCGAUGUUGAUAUUAGAAACGGCCGCCUAGAUUUUAAGUUUCAACUCAGGAUGGCCAAGACAUGUAGCACCACUAUGGCCUUCUACUAGCAGAAGUGGCGGAUUACCAAGUUCGGUGAUUGAAACAGCCAGAAGCAUAACAUCAAGGAUUACAGACAAGGAAGUGAGGCGAAUGGAUGUAAACUGCCUGCACUAUAAUCAAAUACAGUUGGCAUAUCAUGUUUCUCAACGACUGAUAUGCUUAAAGUACUCCAACCAAAACGAGGACUCCAUCCGGCAGGCAUUGCAAAGUCUCAAAGAGGAGCUACAUUGAUGGUAGGCUCUAAGCCGCUCUCUUGUUCCAUAGAUUACUCAUAAAAUUGUAAUCCAUAGUAUGCCCUUUAAUGUGAGCUCAACAGUGUUCACUUUUCAGGGCCUAUCAUGGUAAAGCUUUGCAAUAGUUUAAUGAGUCUAUUGUGCAAUGUUGGAAAAAUCAUUUUGUGCACGUGCAAUAAAUCCUAUUAAUGCGCCAUCAGA